AUGCCGAUGAGUCUCCAAACGGGGCGCUCCCAACACCGGUCCCCCUCGGCUGCCAGGCUCCGCCGGUUACCGAGUCCAUUGUGCCCAUUUACAAUCGGCGCGGGCGCUGCUGAUCUUGUGAUUUCGGCCGUCGGCUACCUCCGUACUGACCAGGUUUUGGGGAAUUUCGCAUUCGUGCAGCUGACCGCGCUGACGAGCAUCAUGGACCUGAGCACUUUCUCCAUCUUCAUUUCCGGUGAGGAGUGGCAGAUUCCCUUGAACAUCUCCCUGCCUGCCCAUAGCCUGGCGGCCGGGGCCACCUUCUAUAUUACACACGACCAUGGCAACGAGAGUUCGCUAUCGGAUGUCGCAGCCUUCCAAAAAUUCUUCGGUUUUCCGGCGGACAUCGUCCGGGUACUCUACGACGAUGUUGAUUACUUGUACGAUAUCGUGCAGCUGAAGGACUCGUCUGGAGCCACGAUUGACACAUUUAAGGGUUAUUACUUUAAUGGGUUUAUCGACGAGGACUAUUACCUCCGAAGAAGAGCAACCGGAGCGACAUUCAACAUAACCGAGUGGGAGUAUCCUGAACAUGCCGAUGAGUCUCCAAACGGGGCGCUCCCAACACCGGUCCCCCUCGGCUGCCAGGCUCCGCCGGUUACCGAGUCCAUUGUGUGUCCAUUUACAAUCGGUGCUGCUGAUCUUGUGAUUUCGGCCGUCGGCUACCUCCGUACUGACGAGACAUUCGCAUUCGUACAGCUGACCGCGCUGACGAGCAUCAUGGACCUGAGCACUUUCUCCAUCUUCAUUUCCGGUGAGGAGGGCAAGACUCCCUUGAACAUCUCCCUGCCUACCCAGAGCCUGGGGGCCGGGGCCACCUUCUAUAUUACACACGACCAUGGCAACGAAAGUGGGGAAUCGGAUGUCGCAGCCUUCCAAGAAUUCUUCGGUUUUCCGGCGGACAUCGUCCGGGUACUCUACGACGAUGUUGAUUACUUGUACGAUAUCGUGCAGCUGAAGGACUCGUUUGGAGCCACGAUUGACACAUUUACGGGAAGAAACUUCAAUGGAGGUAUCGACGAGUCCUAUUACCUCCGAAGAAGAGCAACCGGAGCGACAUUCAACUUGUACGAGUGGGAGUAUCCUGAUCAUAGUUAUCAGUCUCCAAACGGGGCGCUCCCAACACCGGUCCCCGUGAGGGGCUGCCAGGCUCCACGGGUUUCCGAGCUUUCCUGCCCCUUUGCAAUCGGCUCCCUUGCUCCGGAUCUUGUCAUCUCGGCCGUCGGCACAAUUAGGUUCUCCUCGAAUGCUGCUUCUGCGACGGUCCAGUUUGUGCAGCUGACCGCUCUUAGGAACAUCACGGACCUGAGUGCAUUCUACCUCGUCGUGUCCGGUUCCGACAGCCAGUACCAGGAAAGGAACACAAUCACCCUACCCAACCGUAGCCUGGAGGUCGGGGUUCCUUUCUUUGUCGUGGACAACUCUUCGGGCAGAGAAGCAGCCUUCGAAGCUUUCUUUUCCUUUGCGCCGGACGCCGUCCGGGACCUCCGAACAAAUCCUUUUGCGACGGAUGCUUUCUGGGACCUCCUGGAGGUGAAGAUCUCGUCCGGAGUUACCAUUGACACAUGGAAGGGAGACCACCAAGGCACCGAAAAUACUCACGACUACGUCCUCCGAAGCCAGGUGUCCGGAGGACGCUUCAGCUCUUCUGAGUGGGAGUUGCCGGACAGAUUGAGUGUUGAGGUCACUUCGAACGAAAGCCUCUCAGUGCCAGUCCCUCUCGGCUGCAAGGCAGUUGUGCCCGGCCCAUGA